AUGUUGGAUCGGCACUGUCUCUAUGUUGGGAUUUUCCAGCUUAUAAUUUUGGCUGGAGUAGCGAAUGGUGAGUUUUACUCAUCGGUUGACAGCAUGCAGGAUUUAGCACAAGUGGAAGAAGAACUCCUAAAUGCCACGCGUUCGUAUGUGGAGUCCCAGCAAAAGCAGCUUGACUUCUACCGCAGGUAUGUUGAGCAAAUAAAACAGGAACAUGAGUGGGCGACAUCCCAAUUAAAGCUGGAUGACUAUCUCGGACACCCAUUGCAUGCCUUCAGAUUGAUCAAGCGAUUGGUUCAGGAUUGGGAUGCACUGAUCUUUGAACCCAUACUCGCCAACAACGCUAGAGAAGAGUUCCGUGCAUUCGUGGAGGUUCUGAGCAGGGACUUGGGCUACCCAGAUCAAUCUGAGCUCCAGGGAGCCAUCAAGGGCUUGGCCAGGCUACAGAAGGUCUAUAAUCUCGCGACCUCGGAUUUGGCCGAUGGCAUCAUCGGUGGUUUUACCUACGGUUCGGACUUACAAUGGCGUGAAUGCUACGAAAUAGGUGUACAGCUCUUCGAUCUCGGAGAAUAUCAGAGAUCUCUGGAAUGGCUUCAAGUGGCAUUUAUCCUUCUCCAAAAUAGUCCAAGAGAGGAAAAAGAUGAGGAUCACUACUAUUCGGAUAUCCGUGAGUAUGCAUCCAUGGCUAAUUUUGAGUUGGGCAAUCCAAAGAAAGCCGGAAGACUACUGAGUCAGAUCCUUGAAUCGCAACCAACACAUUCCGCCCAGCAAACUCAAAAGUAUCUGGAGAGCAGGGUGCCAGGAAAGAAUGUCAAGGAGACGAACCCCUCUUGGUUUUCCAACUAUACUAGGUUAUGCCAGGGCAGAAGAUUGCCCGAAGAGCGAAGUGGUGAUCCCUUAAGUUGCUACCUGGAUGGAAAACGCCAUGCUUACUUCACCUUGGCUCCACUGCAAGUGGAACCGGUACACUUGGAUCCGGACAUAAAUGUUUAUCACGGAAUGCUGAGCUCCAAACAGAUUUUAUCCAUCUUCGAGGAAGCGGACAAGGAGGAGAUGGUUCGGUCCGCUGUGGCCGGAGAUGGUGGAAAACGCACCGUGAGGGACUUGCGGGUCAGUCAGCAAACCUGGCUCGACUACAAGUCCCCGGUGAUGAAUUCCGUAAGUCGGAUCAUCCAGUUUGUAUCUGGAUUCGAUAUGGCCGGAGCGGAGUAUAUGCAGGUGGCCAACUACGGAGUUGGAGGGCAGUACGAGCCGCAUCCGGAUUACUUUGAGGUCAAUCUGCCGAAGAACUUCGAAGGAGAUCGCAUCUCCACCAGCAUGUUUUAUCUCUCUGAUGUGGAACAAGGAGGUUAUACCGUCUUCACCAAGCUUAAUGUAUUCCUGCCUCCUGUCAAAGGAGCUCUGGUCAUGUGGCACAAUCUUCAUCGAUCCCUGGAUGUGGAUGCUCGCACUUUGCAUGCUGGCUGUCCAGUAAUCGUGGGUUCCAAGCGGAUUGGCAAUGUCUGGAUGCACUCGGGUUACCAGGAGUUCCGUCGUCCCUGCAACCUCACCUCAGAUAGCUACAAGUCGCUAGCAUAUCGAGAUUAG